AAGAGGUGAAUUGGGUAAAUCUGGAUUUGGAGAAAACUUUUUGGAGAAAAAGGUUUAUCUGAGAGAAAAAUUCGAGGGUUUAAUGGGGUAGAUGCCUAGUGUUGAUUUAGGAUCUAAUAAUCUCUUCUAACUCCGAGGCUUAUUGUCCCGCCCUCACUCCCCCGUGCCGUGUCCAGUCCUCUUUUUUAGAUAAUACAUUGGAGUGGGCUGCUGUGACGUAGAAGGGCUGAAUUAAAAAGCCCAAUGUUUUAUUUUUUUUGACGAAGCUGUGCAUUUUGAGUGAGCUGGCAGAAGAUGCCUGCUUUGGGGGGUUCCCGUUGAUUAAUUGGGCUGCACCUUUGAAGAAGAAAAUAAAUUGGGUCGCUGCAGAUGGAGUUGAACUUAAUGAAACACACCGUUUUGGUGUAUUGAGUGGCUGGAUGAAAAGAAAUAACAGAGGCUCAAAUAAGUUCCGAGUCAGUUUUCGGUUCCUCCCCCUUUCCCAUUUUCUUUCUUUUUCUGUUUCGGAUUUUCCCUGUAAAAAGGGGUUUUUGUAAUGAAUAGAGUACGAAGGUGCACUGGGUGACAGUACUUAGGCUAGGUUUUCAUUCUCUUGCUUUUAGUUUUAGAAUUUAAUGCUUUUGUAGAAGUAGAUACGCUCUUUGCUACACUGGAGGUUCUUGGAGCUUUCCAUUGGGUGACAGGUGAGAAAUAUAAAGUUGCCAACAAGAAGUUCACAGUAACAGUAUGGUGGUCUCCAGUACAAAUCCCCACAGCAAGGAGAUAGCCAUCAGAAGGAGGAUUUCUAGCAUAUUUAAUAAACGUGAAGACGAUUUCCCAUCUUUGAGGGAAUAUAAUGAUUACUUGGAGGAAGUAGAGGACAUGACAUUUAACUUGAUUGAAGGAAUAGAUAUUUCAGCCAUUGAAGAAAAAAUUGCUAAAUACCAGGAAGAAAAUGCCGAACAAUUUUCUCUAUUCUCUAUACUCUUGAUGCAGGCCACAAACCAAAAUUCUCAAACAGGAUUUGGAGCUGUUCCACAGGGACAGUAUGCACCUACAUUUGCAGGAGGACAACCAAGACCCACAGGCAUGGCUCCACAACCUUUACCACUUGGAGGAGGUGACAUGCUGGGCUUUGCAGGUGACGAUGAGGAAUCAAAGAAGCUACGAGAUGAGAGAGGAGCAAGAGCUGGAGGAUGGAGUGUAGAAAUAAGUCGGAAACGGGCACAUGAAGAAGCCCUUGGAAGCCUCUGGGUUUGUUGAGACAAUACUAAUAAUAUUCAUAUAAGGUAGGACAUGUCUAUUGCUGUUCAUGCUAAUUCCAGUGUCAUGAAAGCUUUUUUUUUUUUUUUUUUUUUGCAUGGAUAUUUGAUGUAUAUGGUGUAGAAUGUAAGAUUUAUUGCAUUUUGUUUCGUCUAACUAUAAUGAAUUAUGUUUCAAGAGACCUUGGCUAUGAUUGGCAAAAACUAGCUGCAAAGUUUGUUCAAAACUAAAAAGUUGAUCUACGGCCAGUAAUUUUGGUA